GCGCGGAGGAGGGAGGAGGGCGCGGGGACCGGGCGGGAGGGAGGCGGGAGGCGGCGUCCGUCGUUGUAGCUGUGAGUCCGCCCGCCGCCCGCCGCCGCCGGCUCGGUCCCGCGCCCGCCGCCCGCCUUCGCCCGUCAUGGCCCGCCUCACGGAGAGCGAGGCGCGCCGGCAGCAGCAGCAGCUCCUGCAGCCGCGGCCCUCGCCGGUGGGCAGCAGCGGGCCCGAGCCCCCCGGGGGGCAGCCCGACGGCAUGAAGGACCUGGACGCCAUCAAGCUCUUCGUGGGCCAGAUCCCACGCAACCUGGACGAGAAGGACCUCAAGCCGCUGUUCGAGCAGUUCGGCCGCAUUUAUGAGCUCACGGUGCUCAAAGACCCUUACACGGGCAUGCACAAAGGCUGUGCCUUCCUCACUUACUGUGCCAGGGACUCUGCCAUCAAAGCUCAGACUGCUCUGCACGAACAGAAGACCUUGCCCGGGAUGGCACGGCCAAUCCAGGUGAAGCCUGCGGACAGCGAAAGUCGUGGAGGUAGGGACCGGAAGCUGUUUGUGGGGAUGCUGAACAAGCAGCAAUCGGAGGAGGACGUGCUGCGGCUGUUCCAGCCCUUCGGGGUCAUAGACGAGUGCACGGUGCUCCGGGGGCCUGAUGGCAGCAGCAAAGGCUGUGCCUUCGUGAAGUUCUCCUCCCACACGGAGGCUCAGGCGGCAAUCCACGCCCUGCAUGGCAGCCAGACCAUGCCGGGUGCCUCCUCCAGCCUGGUGGUCAAGUUUGCCGACACAGACAAGGAGCGAACACUGCGGCGCAUGCAGCAGAUGGUGGGCCAGCUGGGCAUCCUGACACCAUCCCUCACCCUGCCCUUCAGCCCUUACAGUGCCUAUGCGCAGGCCCUCAUGCAGCAGCAGACAACGGUCCUGUCCACCUCAGGCAGCUACCUGGGCCCUGGCGUGGCCUUCUCUCCCUGCCACAUCCAGCAGAUCGGCGCCGUCAGCCUUAACGGGCUGCCUGCCACGCCCAUCGCCCCUGCCUCUGGGCUGCACUCGCCCCCACUGCUCAGCACUGCCGCCGUGCCCGGCCUCAUGGCUCCCAUCACCAACAGCUUUGCAGGUGUCGUGCCCUUCCCUGGCGGGCACCCUGCCCUAGAGACUGUAUAUGCCAAUGGCCUCAUGCCCUACCCAGCUCAGAGUCCGACCAUGGCUGAGACCCUCCAUCCUGCCUUCUCGGGAGUCCAGCAGUACACAGCCAUGUACCCCGCCGCGGCCAUCGCGCCCAUCGCGCACAGCAUCCCGCAGCCGCCGCCGCUCCUGCAGCAGCAGCAGCAGCAGCGAGAAGGUCCCGAAGGCUGUAACCUGUUUAUCUACCACCUCCCCCAGGAGUUUGGAGACACGGAGCUGACGCAGAUGUUCCUGCCCUUCGGCAAUAUCAUCUCCUCCAAGGUGUUUAUGGAUCGGGCCACCAACCAGAGCAAAUGUUUUGGUUCUGUGCUUGGCACUGGGCACAUAGCAGUGAAGGAAGGCUCACAGUCUUCCUGCACUGUCCAACAGAACUACCUUUGAUGAUGGAAAUAUUCCACAUCCCGUCUGUCUGGGCCAUCAGCCCCAUGUGGCUACCAGGCACUUGAAAUGUGCCCAGUGCGACUGAAGGACUAAAUGUUUAAUUGUAUUUAAUUUAAGUUAAAAUAACCACAAGAGCCAGUGGCUACCGAAUUAGAAAGCACAGAUUUAGGGGAAGGAGAUGGAAAUAAGGAAUCAUAGGACAUAGGCCAGGGAAUUAUAAAUAGUAUGAAGAAAAAUAGAGCUGACUGAUGAUGAGCCAGCAUGGGGAAAUCUGUAGGAAGAGUGUUCUAGGAAGAGGCAUCAGGAUGUGCAAAGGCCCUGGGGCUGAGGAACAGUGAGGAGGCCUGUGUGGAUGGAACAGAGUGAAUGAUGGGGAGAGAGGGAGGAGGUAAGGGCAGGUGGGAGACAGGGACAGAUCAUGAAGGGCCUUGAACUUUAGGGAGGACUUCUUUGUCCCCAGAAACAGGAAAUUAGGGCUCAAAGAGGCACUGACACUUGUCUAAAGUCACACAGCGGCAAAGAGGCAGAAUCUAGAUUAGAAUUAGUCUGACUACAAAAUCUGGACUGGUAACCCCACCCUGUCCUCUUUGAAGAGCUAAUUCUUGACUGUUUAUUAAGUGCCUUCUGUAUAUAUUCAGUAUCCAACCAUAAAAGGGAAGAAUUGUCCCAAUUUACUGAGGGAGAAAAGAGAGGAAACAAAUGGUGACACACUUGAAGUCACACAGCAAGUAAGGGACUCCCACUAGUGCCCAAGCCCCCUUUUCUAUAACCUGCGUCCAGAAGGAAGAGGAAAUUUCAGGAGGAGGAGGAAAACCCACUCAUAUGCAUUCUCUGAGCCUCAGUUUCCUCAUCUAUAUAAUGAGGGGACUUGCAGGAGAUAAAAACAAUUAUGUUAAUCCCUCAACUCUAAUUCCCCAUGGCUCCCCAUGGGCCUCAGCAAGACCCUUCAACCCUGAGCCCCAAUCUCUCUGCCUGACCUCCCACUGGCCUUUCACAAGAGCUCAGGUGACCCACCUCCAAAUGCUUGUGUGGUUCCCUCCCCCUGGUGGGCCCCUGGCCUCUGUGGGCUGCACAUGGUCCCCUGUGAUAACCAGGAAGUGAGGGGCAGGAGGGGCAGCUUUGAGCUGGCAGAUGGAGUUUGGGCUGGUGGCAGUGUAAGGAGGGGGAGCCGUAAGUGUUUCCGAUGGUCUUGGGGGAAACUAGGAGUUAGAGAGACUGACAGAGACAGAGAGAGCAGGCGGGAGAGAUGGAGAAAGAGAUGAAACAAAGAAGCACACACACACAGUCAUAAGGACAGACAAGAUCCCAGGUGACUAGAGGUCUCAGAGGAGGCAAAGGGCUAGCGAGCAUCAGGGUCCAGAAGGAGCAGGCAUCCUGGGGGGAGGGAGAGCCUGGACCCCCAGAGGUAGACCUGUCCCCGCUCCACAUAGGAAGUCUCACAGAGCAGCCCCAGGUGAGGAGUGAGUGCCCGUCCCCAGAGGCAUGCAGUCCAGGGGGUCAGAACCAGGCCAGGGAUGCUGUGUCCUCUGGCGAGCCCUGCCGAGGUACCUCCUCCGCUGCCUGCCCCUGCGAGCGCACACCCCC